GGGAGUACUGAUAUGGCAUUGAUCAAUUGUUGCCUCUGGCAUUCGAAUAGAGUUGCUUGAAUUUUUUGAGGAAUUUUUUGAGGAAAAAUAAUUACUGAGAAAGAAGAAAUUGAUAAGAUCAAAAACUUUUUUUAAAAAAAUAAAAUAAAAAUUAAACCAUAUCAACGGUUCACAUUAGUCAAUAAAAAUUAACGACUAUGAUUUGUUUUAAUACAAUGACCACAAUUUUAUUGUAGCCAUAUGUUAGUAGUUGAAUACUAACAAAUAUCGAACCUUAAAAUCGAGCCUAUGUUGACAGUAUUGUGAAAAAUAAUUCUUAAACCUAUUUGUAUAAGAAAAGAGUUUAUGUUUUUCAAAUUUUCAAUCCCUUCUCAACUAAACACUCUCAUUCUCGGUUUAGACUAGUCUAACCUCUCCCGAUAAUUAGUACCAACUAUUAACAAACAAAUCGUCUUAUCACCUAUGCAUUAAAAAAAAACAGCCAUUCAGGAGAAAAAAAGGGGGGGAUGGAGUUUUGGGGCUGAAGAGAAUCAGAGGAUGGCCUACCAACACUGGUAAUUGUGGUCUCAGAUGCUCAACAUUCAUGAACUUCUAUCUUAUCCACAAUAUCAUCUCCUGUUUUCUUUGACAAAGUAAGAGUAAUUCACUACUCAAGUCAUUAGGAGAGAGAGAGAGAUACAGAGGCUAUCUUCCAUUAGAGCUACAAGGAUGCUGCAACAUCUAAAACUCGCACAAUCGCCUGCGCAGAUUUUACACACCCGAAAAUUACCAUAUAUGCCUGAAAACCAGAGUGUACAUGCUGGCCUUUCUCCUCCGAUUCCUAAACAAUGCAACAAGUUUUCACGCCGAGAGCUCACAAUCUUUACAACCUCUUCUCUGCUCCUCUUGACCUCUCAGACUCUGCAUUCACAUCCUUUUUUGGAUGCGCGAGCAGAGGAAAUCCCACAACAGCUGAAAGGUGAGGUUGAGCAACAAGAAUCUGAAGCAACUCCCACAGCAGAGGACGUCCCACAACAGAACAAAGCUGAGGUUGAGCAAAAAGAACCUGAGGCAACUCCCACAGCAGAGGAAAUCCCACAACAGAACAAAGGUGAGGUUGAGCAACAAGAACCUGAAGCAACUCCCACAGCAGAGGAAGUCCCACAACAGAACAAAGGUGAGGCUGAGCAACAAGAAGCUGAGUCAACUCCGAAUAAGACUCCUGAAAGCACCAAAGCAAAUCCAACUAAACAGGUGUUUCUUGACGUGUCGAUUGAUGGGAAGCCGACAGGAAGGAUCAUUAUAGGAUUAAAUGAGCAAAAUGCACCUGUUGGAGCAGCUACAUUUCGUGACAUUGUCAGUGGAAAAGCGGGCAUAAGUUAUAGAAGGAAAGAGUUUGUAAAGAUCAUGCCAAACUAUGUUCAACAUGGAGGAAUUAGAUCAUAUGGGGUGGAUGCUGAGCUUGCAAGCAGAACAGGAAGGAGCUUCAAGAACGAUAAGUUGGUUGAAGAAUUGGAGAGAGAGAAUGAAGAACGUCCUGGCACUAAGAACUUGGCUGGAACCGUGAGCAUCAUAGUGAGGGAUCCUUUAAAACCGCCGCCUAAAGUAAAGUUAGUUGCCAGAGAAGGGAAGCUUAAGAUUGAUCAGGAGGAGGUAGGGGUGGAGCCAAACGGCACAGAGUUCACCAUAGCAACAAAGGACUCACCAGAGCUCGAUUCGUCAGCAUUGGUAAUUGGCAAAGUGAUUGAAGGAAUGGAUGUUGUGGAGAAGAUUGGUCAGGUCAAGACAGUGCAAGAAAACACUAGUUCUCCAUAUUUUAGGGUGGCGAAGUUGAUUGGUGACAAGAGAGCUGUAGUGGCUGAGAGGGGUUUCAACCGUCCUUACUCAAAAGUGAUAAUCACGAAUUGUGGCCUGCUAGAAUGACAUCAGGAAUUCACUCAGAUCUCAUUCUUGUUCAUCAAUUUUGUCAUAAGAGUAAUCAAAUGGAACAUAAUACAAUUUUGUUUCAAAAGUUCCAUUGCAAUUUUAUGUAACUGACCACUGACAUGGUCCCAUAAAUAAUAGAAAUCCAGAGACCAUAUACCAACC